AGAACUCGGGCCCUCAUACCCAGUCUCCGUUUUUUCACGGCAACACGAUACCGAGGCUAAGUAACGUCACAUGGUGCAACUCGUCCUUCCUUCGUUCCUUUUCAUCGUUGGUCGCCUUCUCUCUACGUCGAGUCGCUGUGCUGGUAGAAAGAAAGACCAACUCCAAGAUGGUUAACUUCACGACUGACCAGAUCCGUGGGAUCAUGGAUAAAAAACUCAAUAUCCGUAACAUGUCUGUCAUUGCCCAUGUUGAUCAUGGCAAGUCCACUCUGACUGACUCCCUUGUGAGCAAAGCGGGUAUCAUAGCUGCUGCAAAAGCUGGAGAAACAAGGUUUACAGACACUCGUAAAGAUGAACAGGAUCGUUGUAUUACCAUCAAGUCAACUGCCAUCUCUUUGUACUAUGAGCUACCAGAAAGUGACUUUGAAUACAUUACACAACCGAAGGACCCUAAGGAGCGUGGUUUCCUGAUCAAUCUGAUUGAUUCCCCUGGCCACGUCGACUUCUCCUCUGAAGUAACUGCUGCUCUCCGUGUGACUGACGGUGCCCUUGUGGUGGUUGAUUGUGUUAGUGGUGUCUGCGUGCAGACCGAGACUGUGCUCCGUCAAGCCAUCGCUGAGCGCAUCAAGCCUGUCCUGUUCAUGAACAAAAUGGACCGCGCCCUACUGGAGCUUCAGCUUGAUCAGGAAGAUCUUUAUCAGACUUUUGCCAGGAUUGUUGAGAGCAUAAAUGUGAUCAUUGCAACAUACAGUGAUGAGGAUGGGCCUAUGGGCAACAUUCAGGUUGGCCCAGAAAAGGGUACCGUUGCCUUUGGAAGUGGUCUUCAUGGCUGGGCCUUCACACUCAAGCAGAUCUCCGAGAUUUAUUCUGCUAAGUUUAAGAUUCCUCCCGCAAAGCUUAUGAAAAGGUUGUGGGGUGAUCAGUUUAUUAAUGCAGAAGACAAAAAAUGGAAGAAGGAGCAGGCCACUGGCAAUGUCCGUGGCUUUAACCAGUUUGUCCUAGACCCUAUUUUCAAGAUGUUUGAUGCCAUCAUGAAUUUUAAGAAAGAGGCCACAGCAAAUCUUCUAGAGAAACUUAAAAUCAAACUCACUGUGGAGGAAAGAGAGUUGGAAGGCAAGCCUCUUUUCAAAACCGUCAUGCGCAAGUGGCUUCCGGCUGGAGAGGCAAUGCUUCAGAUGAUUGCUAUCCAUCUCCCCUCUCCUGUUGUUUCCCAAAAGUACCGAUGUGAACUGCUGUAUGAAGGGCCUCAGGAUGAUGCUGUGGCUCUUGGAAUCAAGGCCUGUGACCCAGAGGCUCCCUUGUGCCUUUACAUCUCCAAGAUGGUGCCAACCUCCGACAAGGGUCGAUUCUAUGCCUUUGGGCGUGUGUUCUCUGGUAAGGUUGCCAGUGGCCAGAAAGUUCGCAUCAUGGGGCCCCACUAUGUCCCAGGAAAGAAGGAGGAUCUUUAUCUCAAGACUAUUCAGAGGACUAUCCUUAUGAUGGGCCGAUACAUUGAGCCUAUUGUAGACGUCCCCUGUGGUAACAUUGUUGGACUUGUUGGUGUCGAUCAGUUCCUUGUCAAGACUGGUACAAUCUCUACCUAUGAACACUGUCAUAACAUGAAGAUGAUGAAGUUCUCUGUGUCCCCCGUCGUGCGCGUCGCUGUUGAGCCUAAGAACCCCGCUGACUUGCCUAAGCUGGUAGAGGGACUGAACCGUCUUGCUAAAUCAGACCCUAUGGUGCAGUCCUUCACUGAGGAGAGUGGAGAGCAUAUUGUGGCUGGUGCUGGUGAACUUCACCUUGAGAUCUGCUUGAAAGAUCUUGAGGAAGACCAUGCAUGUAUCCCGCUCAAGAAAUCUGAACCUGUUGUGUCCUACCGAGAAUGUGUAUCUGAUAAAUCCAACCAAAUGUGUCUUUCCAAGUCGCCCAACAAGCACAACCGUCUUUUCAUGACAGCCGGUCCCCUUGAAGAGAAGCUGCCAGAGGACAUUGAUGAUGGUUGUGAGAUCAAUCCUAGGCAGGACUUCAAGAUCCGUGCUCGAUACCUGGCAGACACAUACGGCUGGGAUGUCAAUGAAGCCCGUAAGAUCUGGUCCUUUGGCCCCGAAGGAACGGGACCUAACUUGCUGGUUGAUGUGAGCAAGGGAGUACAAUACCUAAAUGAGAUCAAGGACAGUGUUGUUGCCGGCUUUCAGUGGGCAACCAAGGAGGGACCCUUGUGUGACGAGAAUGUGCGUGGUGUGCGCUUCAACAUCCAUGACGUCACCCUGCACGCUGACGCCAUCCAUCGCGGUGGAGGGCAGAUCAUCCCCACAGCUCGCCGUGUGUUGUACGCUUGCAUGUUGACAGCAAAACCUUGCUUGUUAGAGCCUGUGUACAGUGUUGAAAUCCAGUGCCCAGAAAGUGCUGUAGGAGGUAUCUAUGGUGUGCUGAACAGGAGAAGAGGACAAGUCCUAGAGGAGUCAAACGUUGCAGGAACACCCAUGUUUAUUGUCAAAGCCUACCUGCCUGUCAUGGAAUCAUUUGGCUUCACUGCAGAUCUGCGAUCCAAAACCGGUGGCCAAGCCUUCCCCCAGUGUGUAUUUGACCACUGGCAGGUGCUGCCCGGAGAUGUCCACGACCUUGCCUCCAUGCCCGGCCAAGUUGUCGUCAACACAAGGAAGAGGAAGGGACUGAAAGAGGGUAUCCCCGCACUUGACAAUUAUCUCGACAAAUUGUAAAUCUUUAUUCUACCUUUCGAGGGCUCUUCAUGAAAAGAAAGAUACCCUUUCUGCUGUCUGCAUUCCCUUGGAUCAGUCCUCUGAGUUGCUAGAAUUACCUAAGAACCAGUUGUAUGGAAGCCCUUAGAGAAUCCUAAGAACUCCUUGCAGUAUGACCCCAUUGUUGAAGACACUGGGGUAUUUCUUUGACAUGUAAAACCAAAACUCGUCCUCGAGCAAUGGCCGUAAUUUGUAUGGAAGUAUGAGAAUAAAGAUCUGUAAACCAA